AGACCAUUCAGGUCUCUGCCAGCGAUUUUCAGACGUCCCAGUCAGCGUCCCAGCGGCCAUUGACGGCUAGUCGCUUGUUCUACCUCUCGACCGGCCAGCGCGUGUGGGUUUUUUAAGUCGUCUACACGCGCAGGACGCGGGAACGAUGGUGGCGCUUAUUACGGGCGGCAGGGGCUUUCUGGGAUCCCUGCUGGCCAAGGCGAUUGCGGGGGGUGCACUGGCGGAAAGCGCGGACGCUUCGGCGGAGGAGAGGGGGGAAGCGGGUGGCGGAGCGGAGGGUAGUGCAGCGCGGGAUAGCAACGAUGGCGCAGGGGCGGAGGCAGACGUGAGGGUGAUUACCGUUGAUGUGACCCCUCCCAGUGAGCGCGACAUUAACGCGCCCGGAGUCAAACACGUGGUAGGAGACAUCACCGAUGCCACGUUUCUAGCCGCUCUGAUUCGUCCAUCUGUCACCCACAUAUUCCACCUGGCGGCGGUGGUGAGUGGAGCAGCAGAGAAGGACUACGACCUGGGGAUGAUGGUCAACUUCGACGCCACGCGCUGUCUGCUGCAGGCGUGCAGGGCGGCGGCCCACUGCCCUCGCCUCAUCAUGGCCUCCUCUGUCGCCGUCUUUGGUGCGCCGUCCAACAGCCCCUCCAACUCCCAGGCUGCUUACACUGAAGACACCCCUGCUCUACCCCGAUCCUCCUAUGGCACUCAGAAGGCCAUGGCAGAGCUACUCCUCUCAGACGCCAGCAGGCGGGGCUUCGUGGAUUCAAUAGUGCUGCGACUGCCCACGGUCGUCGUGCGCCCUGGCAGUCCCAAUGCAGCGACGUCGUCCUUCUGCUCGUCCAUCAUCAGAGAGCCCCUGCAUGGCAAGCCCGCCACCUGCCCCGUCGACCCGGCUCUGCCUCUCUGGCUGCAGUCCCCCCGAACUGUCAUCCGCAACAUUCUCCAUGCGGCCCGCCUGCCGGCCCUGCCGCCCAACCACCCGCGCACCAUCACUCUCCCAGGUCUCACUACGACAGCAGCAGAGCUGGUAGGUCAACUGCCGCGCUUUGGAGCCGACCCCAGCCUGGUGCAGUGGGUGCCUGACCCUUUCAUCAACGACAUAGUGGCAUCAUGGCCAGGCCACAUACACACACCCACAGCCAUCCAACUGGGCUUCCAACCGGACACGGAAGUGGCAUCCAUAGUUGAGGAGUACGUGCAGGAGUACGUCAAACCCAUGCACUGACCAGCAUGCCAUGCCUCCCCAAGCCUACCCAUGCCUGCACCCAUACAUGUUGGUGUGCAUCGGCAUGCACAUGUGUUUGCUACCUAGGUGUAUCCUCGUAAUAUAUUGCUAUGCGUCUUUCCCAGUUCGCCUGAAAUGCAGUAUACUUGCUCAUGUGAGGUUUACAGUAAGAGCUAGUGUACGUGUGUAGAUCACUCCUCUUUGACAGCCUGAACCUUGGGUUGGGUUCAACGCGACAAGCUGGUUGCUUUUGGUAGACAGAGGAGGCUAUCGAGACCUUAUGUAGUACCUACCACUGCUUCAGACGAAUUUGAGAGGUUUCCGUUUUUGGAGAAUUGCAUCUCAACUUCACAG